UGUGAAAUUAGCGCACUAGCGACACCCAGCUGGAGGGGAGCGCCAGGCACCAGCGCCGAUGCGGAGAGCCGUGUCCGGGCCGGGACUGAGGUGGACCUGGAGCCGUGCGCUUGUUCUAGCCGCACUUAUCCUGCUGGCAAUGUCUAACGACGUAGUCAGUACAGGAGCCAAGCUGGCUUCCGUAGAUUUCGAGGUAUUCGGCCGCGUUCAGGGAGUCUGCUUCAGAAUGUACACGGAGGAUGAAGGCCACAAGCUGGGGGUGACGGGCUGGGUGAAGAACACCCGGCAGGGGACCGUGAUCGGACAGGUGCAGGGCCCGCCCGACAAAGUCAAGGAAAUGAAGGUUUGGCUCAGCAAAGUGGGGAGUCCCGGCUCACGGAUCGACCGAGCUGUGUUCUCCAACGAGCGGGACAUCUCCAAGCUAGAGUACAAGGGCUUCAACACGCGAUACUGAGCCCAGCCUCUCCACCCAGAGCGCAGCAGACCAGGAGUCCAGAGGUUCAUCGUCCCUGGAAAAGUGCAUGAGUAUUCUUUAAUGAACAAGCCAAAAUCAUCAGCAGUCUUUAGUGUUACUUAAGCAAUCUUAUAUUUUACUCAUUGCACUCCCCAUUUAUUCUAAACUGAAGGAACCUUAAAGAAUUAAUCUAGGUGCCUUCUGUGCUUAAUAUCUGAGUGCCUGCUUUAUUAAAUCUCCACCCUCUAAUCUAUUCCAUGCACACUUGGACUAACAACAUCUAAUGUUACAGCUACCCUGUUAGAAGUCUGAAACAAGUAUGUAAAGCUGGUAGAGGAUUUCAAGGUUGUGUUUCCUAUUAAACUGAAUUUUUCCAAGUGUUUGUUGAUGUUAUUUAGGUCAGUUGAUUUUAGCCUGCGAUGAUAAGACUUAGAUUCUUCUUCUGCUCUGUUACUUAAUUUUUGUAAUCUUUUGUUUAUUUUUAGAUUAACAGCUGGUUUGUUUAAGACGUAUCCCAUUAUAUCUGUGGCAAACUGAGCAGGCCGGUAAUUCAACAAAAGCAAGCAGGAAAAUAAAUUUAAGACACUGGAACGUGA